CAUUCUGUGGAAUCCGCCGCCUGAAACACACACACACACACACACACACACACACACACAUAAACUCACACACACUCGAGUCUCUGCUGCAGCUCAUUCUGCGCUCGAUCAUCACACAGCAGAGCAUCUGUUGGUGAAGAUGAUUCCUCCUGGAGACUGUCUGUACGCUGGGAGGAAGAGGAGGAAACCCGUCCAGAAACAAAAACCAGCGGCAGUGACGGAGAAAUCGAACCCUUCGAAGCGGCACCGCGACCGUCUGAACGCUGAGCUGGAGCGACUGGCCAGCCUGCUGCCCUUCUCCCCCGAGAUCAUCUCCAAACUGGACAAACUGUCUGUCCUGCGCCUGAGCGUCAGCUACCUGCGGGUCAAGAGCUUCUUCAGCGACCUACUGCAGCAUAUGUGA